AUGUCCCUGUCCCCAACCACGUCCAGCGUUUCAACACGCGCCGGUAGCAGCAGCAGCUUCAGUCACUCGUUCAGCAACGAAACCGAUGGCAGGCAUCAAGAAGUCGUAACCACCACUUCAGCCCAUUGCCUCAUUAUCUACACGGGCGGGACGUUCGGCAUGGUCCCGAAUGCCCACGGGGUCUUGCACCCAAGUAGCGGCUUCCUAGCAAAGAAGCUCAACGACAUGGACGAGUUCAAAUGCGACCACAUGCCAUGCGUGACAGUCAGCGAGUGGGUCGAUCCCAUCGACUCGUCCGACAUGCGCCCAAGCGACUGGAGCAAAAUCGCGCUUGAGAUCGAAGCCAAGUACUGGGACUACGACGGCUUUGUCGUCCUCCAGGGCACCGACACCAUGGCGUACACAGCCUCGGCCUUGUCGUUUAUGCUCGAGUUCCUUGGGAAGCCCGUGGUGAUCUCGGGGGCGAUGAUCCCCUUGCACUAUCCACACAGUGAUGCCCGCCGCAACCUCAUCAUGUCCGUCAUGUGCGCGACGUCCCUGGCCAUCCCGGAAGUCUGCAUUUACUCCAACAACAAGCUCUUGCGAGGCAACCGCACGACCAAAGUCGCCAACAUGUCGGUCGAUGCCUUCCACUCGCCGAACUUCCCGUCCCUGGCUGUCACUGGCGUGGAAGCAAUUGUGGACCAGCCGUUGAUCCUGCCGUACCCGCGGUCGCGCUUUCGCGUGUUCACCGACUUGGUGACCACCAUCUGCGUCUUCCAUUUGGUGCCUGGGUUCGACCUCGAGUGCAUUGAAGCGUACAUUGACCGGCACACGGCCCGCAAGUGCGGGAACGAGCCUGUCAAGCCGAAAGCGCUCGUCUUUGCGCUCUUCGGCACUGGCAACGCGCCGUUGUGUCAGGACGGGUUUCUGCGACUGGUGCGGCUGGCCAUUGCAGCGGACAUGCCAGUGACCGUCACCUCGCAGUGCGUUCAAGGCAGGACGCAGCUUGAUACGUACGCGACCGGCGUGAGUUUGCUCAACAUGGGUGUGAUCACGUCGCUGGACAUGACGAUUGAAGCGUGUGUGGCCAAGUUGGGCUACCUCCUGGGCAAAGGCGUUCGAGGCAAGGAGCUCAAGAUGAAGAUGGAAACGGACUUGCGUGGGGAGCUCUCGGUUGUCGAUGCCGUCGCCCAUGGCGAGGAAAUGAGCCGCACGCGUCAAUAUCGAAAGACCGUUGUCCGAAGCUUUGCCUCGCACUAG